AUGGUAUUGUGUCUAGAAUUUCUACCGCCAGAGGUGCUUCUGCGCGUGCUUUCCUUCUUGGAAGUGCCUGACCUGCUCCAAGUGAGUCGCACAAGUCAUGUACUGCGCGACAUAGCUUGCGAUCCUUUGCUGCACCUCGAGCGACUACAUCAUGCCUCACAUACGCUGUCUACACUUCUCGCGCGACGGCCACCAAAGGCCGCGAUCAGUCCACCCAACUCUUGGAUUUGGUUGAGCAAAACCAAUGUUCUAUCGCGCCAGAUCAGCAAGAGCUUAAUCCGCAUACGACUCAGUCACAAUCUGGAACACAGGCCAAGUCCGUAUGAUCUCGUCCAAAGGGCCAUAUUACCCUCUGCCUGCACGAGCUACUCAUCGCACGUGUCGCCGGUACUGAUACAAUCACAACAAGCGGUGCAAAGGCGCAAACUAAAAGAUGGGCUCGGAAAAAAGCUGGAACGACGACCAAGCGUGAGCAGCCUGGUGUCGAUGAAUAUCAUACCGGAGGAAUGUGCUCGACACAAGAUAUCGCCUGCGAUCGUGGCUACCCGUAGAAAAGUGAUCCGAGAGAGCUUGAAGGACGGACUACGUGGUUGGAUCGAGGGUCGAGGAAUUCAAGCACAGAAGAGAAAGGCAGACGAGAUGGAGGCCGUAGAGAAGAUCACAGUCAAGAACCUGGUGCGACGGUUUGCAGCCAGGAAGCUGGCGCACGAUUUGGCUGAACAACGCACCGUCCAUCAACUCGAUCCUCUUCUGCUCGAGAAGAGGAGAGCUCAGGCGAGAUGGGGUCGUGAAGUAGAGCUUGCAAAACAGGACGAAGAAAGACGCACUGCAAUCCACGGGACUUGCGCCCAGCCUACAAGAGCGCAUGUUCUGGGACUCAAGAAGUUCUGGGAAGGAGUAAUCAAAGCCGCGGGUGGUUGA